AUGAAUGGUUUUGAUGCUCAGAGACAAGACUCUUUGAAAAGGAGGAAUAUUGUCAGUGGUGGUGCAGCGCUAGCUCCGCCAACUAAUUCUUCUGGACCCAACCCCAAAAACAAUUUUCCGGGGCGGUUCCCUGAGCUUGAUGAUGAUGAUAUCGUUUCCACGGUGGUUCCGCCGGUGACAAUCGUGCUGGAAGGCCGUUCGAUCUGCCAGCGCAUCAGCCUUCAUAAGCAUGCAAGUUACCAUAGCCUAGCGAAGGCCCUGAGAGAGAUGUUUGUGGACGGCGGCGACGAUGGUUUCACUUCGGAGAACGAUAAUCUUGACCUCUCUAACGCCAUUCCCGGCCAUCUCAUUGCUUAUGAAGACAUAGAAAACGAUCUUCUUCUCGCCAGCGACCUUAAUUGGAAGGAUUUUGUGCGCGUGGCAAAGAGAAUUCGGAUACUGCCCGUGAAGUCAAAUACGAGGAAGGGAGUUCCCAAAGGGUAACUC